AUGGCGCCAGCGCGCACGCGGACGUUGCUGGUCUCUGUCACUACGUGCUCGUAUUUAUCGUGUAUUAAACCUACUGUACAAAGGAGACGUUGUUAUUGGCCGCAGUGCAUCCUAAUGGCGGCCCCUACGCACGUGUCCGCAGUGCGCGCGCUCUACAAAAGGAUCCUGGUGCUGCACAGGUUCCUGCCCAUCCACCUGCGAGCGCUCGGGGACCAGUAUGUGAAGGACGAGUUCCGACGUCACAAGAGCGCGAGCCCACAGGAGGUCACGUGCUUCAUGAAGGAGUGGCAGGGUCAGGGCUCAUGA